AGAAGACCUGUGAGCCACCUCCACCAUCUUAAGUUUGCCUUAAUCGUCUCUCCCCCAAGCUCGAUCCUCUGCCGUCUCUCUGCCUCCCGCUCCCACUCGCUCUCGAAGUAGGUAGACGAUGGCGCGCCCGAGCACUAGUGUGUUGCUGGCCAUGGCGCUAGUUUGCNCCGUCUCUCUGCCUCCCGCUCCCACUCGCUCUCGAAGUAGGUAGACGAUGGCGCGCCCGAGCACUAGUGUGUUGCUGGCCAUGGCGCUAGUUUGCGUUGCCCUCUGCGCCGCGAUCCCAUCCGUCCAUGGUCUCCGCCGCCUGACAUCGGGUUGUGGCGGUUGUCCGUCGUCCUGCGAGACGGCGCUGAAGGGCUGCGAUUUCUACUUCUAUGGUCACCAGAACAACGUGCCGAAGAUCAAGCUCAUCCGAAAGGGAGACAAUACCAUCUACGUCCAAUGCGGCCAUAUUCUGCACCGGGAUGGGUACGACACUCGCCCUGUGAAGGUUGUGAACUCGGCCAACUGCGCGAUUCUCCAGGGCCAGAAGUGGAACACGAAUGCGUGCCAGCAUCGGCUCUACGGCAACGGCAGGCACCUCGCAUCUCGCGAGUUCAACGUUGGCAAUCCCAGCGACUUCCUGAACGCGUGCAUCAAGGUCCAGAUCAGCGCGGCGCAGUACGAGGACGGAGGAAACUUCAACAACGGGCACAAGAACCCUAGGGCCUGCAUCGUGGUGAAGACGGACAAGACCUUCCGGUAACUGCCGUGGAUCGGCCGAGACUCGAGAGAAGAGUGUUUAUUUACGCAAAUCAUACUCUAGAAGACGCUUCCAAAGAAGGGAAGCAAAAAAAAACUAGAAGACCUGUAGAUAGGGUAGGGUAGGGUAACGCGUAGUCACGGCAGGCAUGUACGCGAGGACACACACGUAGCGACCCCGCAGAAGGAGGAUGGUAGAACUCACGCAUGAAUGAUGGUAAAUUAGAGUAAGGCCUACGUCUGCUACAAUAAAUGGGAUCACUAAGC